AAGUUGUACAUUAAAGUACCAAUACUUUAUAGCAUAAUAGAAGUGCUCUUUUUAAUGAUAAAAUAACUAUUGUCAAAAAAAAAAUGAUAAAAUAACUAACAAGGCUGGUCAGAGAGGUAGGCCGGCCCCAGCCCGGUUAAGUCCAAUAGAUCCAAUUAGAAAGAUUUAAAAAUGGGCCUAAUUUCGCAGCCCAACUAUUCUUCCCGACCAAUUAUUUUCUUUUCUUUCCAUCGGCCACAGAAAAGAAAACCCUAGCUCGCUUUCCCACAUCGUCGGUCCGAAAAAUAUGUCUUACCCUUCCGGCUCCGACUCCGGCUCCGGCUCCGGCUCAGAGGUUGAUAUGCGCCCUCCUUCACCUCUUCCUCGCGAGAACAAGAACUACUACAACCUCACCUGCGAACGCUGCCGUGAACUGGAGCGUAUCGAGCCGGUCAUCGAGGACGGCGACGAGGAGAGGUAUUUAUUUGAAUGUGAACGAGUCGGCGACGGAGAGUUCGGCGACGACGAAGGCAUAAAGCAACGGGUCAUCAUGUAUCGGAAGUCGUUGGCGAAAUCCGGCGGGUUUGAUGCUGACUGCCCUCCAUAUUAUCUAACCCGCAACGAAUUUAUCUUCGCCAGGGAGCAUUUUGAUGAUUGGGAUAUUUUCGAUAUGAAGGUUCACGAGGCUGUUGAACAUGUGAUCGAUACAUAUAACAGAGAGAAGGGCAAGAGUUUGAAGUACGGGAAAACCUUGAACGUAACUGCAUCUCAGUAUAUGUUGUUUACCCUCUAUAUUACUUUUGAGUGCUCCAAUCCGCCGGAAGAUUCUUCUUAUGAGAAGUACCAAGCUGUGGUUUCCUGUGAUAUGAUUGAAAAUAGUGUUGAUGAUAAGAAGAAGAUUCUGAUCUUCAGGAAGGAAUCAACCGGGAUGGAUUUGCUAGAUCCUGACAUGCCAACUGCUCGUUACAUAGAAAUUUUGAAAGCGAGAGCUAGAGUUGGAGAUGGAGGUGGGAAAAGAAAGUAUGAACGUGAUGACGGAGUGGAGGGUUGAGUGAUGAUGAGAAUGUGGUCACACACGCUGCUUGUUUUGUUGUUUAUUUGAAGAAUUCCAUGUGUUCAGAUCUGAUGUUGAACUCUGAACUAGAGACAUCGCCUAUAUAUGUAUGUCAUGGCAUUGAUCAUAAUUUUGCCCAAAAAGUGCUAUCUUUAAUCUUUGCUCUGUAGUAGUUUGUUUAAACGGUUGUGGAGACAUGGCAGCUGUGUAUGUGUUUAAUCUGGACAAUUGUUUGUGAGUGAUGAUGUUGUGUGAUAAAAAUGGUUCUAUAUCCGUACUCUCUCUUCUUCGGAAGAUCCUUCUUAUGAGAAGUACCGAGCUGUGGUUUCCUGUGAUAUGAUUGACAAUAGUGUUGAUGAUAAGAAGAAGAUUCUCAUCUCCAGGAAGGAAUCAACCGGGAUGGGUAAGUUGAUGUAUCAACUUAUUUGGUCAUAGAAAAUGUUCACCAUUUUAUGUACGUGUCUGUGGUGAAAGUACUCUUUCGCUUAUUUUGUUUUGAUGUGUAAGCUAUCUUAGAUGAUAUUUUGCAUUGAUAGGCAUUAAAAAACAAUGUUUUCCAAUCAAAGGUUAAAUCUGCCUCCCCCCUACGUGCAGAUUUGCUAGAUCCUCGCAAGCCAACGGCUCGUUGCAUAGAAAUUUGGAAAGCAAAAGCUAGAGUUGGAGAUCGAGAGGGGAAAAGAAAGUUCGAAGGUGACGAAGGAGCGGAGAGUUGAGUGAUGAUGAGAAUGUGGUCACGCUUCAAGCCUUUGGUCAUUUGUAUCUCUCUCUCAAGUAAUAUAAUUAUUUUUGUAGGUACAAAUAUUAUUUAUUUUUCCUUACUUUUUUAGACAACAUCUUAUACAAACUUGCAAGUAACAUUGACAAAGGAAAUGUUCACAUUAUUUAAAGAAUUCGAUAUGUGAUUGGCUGGGAAAGGUGCAGAUUUCAUGAACCGUAUACAAUAGUUUUGAUGUGUUAUAUGACAUCCCCACUUGUUUUUUUUAUUUUGAGAAUGAUUAUCAUUUUAAACUCGUGAUUCGGAAAUAAAUUAUAUAUAUGAGUACCAGCCCACCCGAAUAAUUACCCUCCCUAAUAUAAACUAGUUAACUACCUGCGCUCCGCACUGAGAAGCGUAAAAGUUAAGACCUUGUUUAGAAUCUCCGAUUUUAAACGUUGUAUUUUACCACAUAUGCAUUUUGUAGAAUGUAAUUAUUGUUUGGUUGAUGUAAGUACAUAAUGCAAGUAUUACAUAGAGAAUUAUGUAUACUUGGUGAGAAUUAGUAGCCAUAGUUAACUUUAUGUGUAACUAUAAUUUUCCAAACAAUAAGUUUUCAAAACCCAAGCAUUCUUUAUUGUUUUCCAAACAAUGAAUUUUUAAAUCCCUCACAUUCGGGGUCGGUUAGCAUGUCUACCUCCAAUGUGUUGGCAUGCUAACAAUAGUUUUGCCGUAUAGGCCAGGUCCACGCACUCAGCUUAGUAGCUGACCCAUUUUUCUCUCUAGAUGUGACAGGUGUGAUAAAUUGAGGAUUACUCUGGCACUGCACAAUGAUCGAUGGAGGAUUUUGAUUUAAAAGAUUUUUCACCUAUUGAUUUAUUCUAGAACCCUUAUUUUAUGAUUCAAGUUUUGAGCGUGCAUAAUAGUUUACAUUGGUCAAAUAUGAUCAUUAACAUGAGUUGAGUAUGAAUGGAGUAGAUGAGAUUGAUAGUCUGGAUUCUGUGAAUCCGGGUUUUGAGGAAGAUUGAUUAAUGAAUUGAGAAAGAGAUUUUUAGUAAAUUGUUAUGAUGAGUUGAGUUUUAAACAUAUAUCAUAAUUUCGUGAUAUGAGUUGAGUUGAGAUUUUCAAAACGUAAACCCCGAGUGAUUUUCGCCGUGCGGUUGAACCAUCGGUUCGACCCAUGAUUUUAGGGUGGGGUGUUACACUAUAGUUCUUACUCGUGCACGUCUUGUCAUUAUGACACAAUUAAGAGGUUUAUGUGUUUAUUUGACUAAACCAAUCAUUGAAUCACAUGACUAUCAACAUUACAAGACAUUUGAAGUGCAAAUCCACCUUAUUGUACAAUUUGGACUCGGCACUAAGAGUUCUUACUCAUGCACGUCUUGUCAUAAUAGUGUCAGACUCAUAAUGACAAAACGUGCACGAGUAUAAACUCUUAGUAAUGAGUCCAAAUUGUAUAAUAAGAUGGAUUUGGGAUCCAAAUGUCUUGUAAUGUUCAAGGAUAUGUGAUUCAUUGGUUGGUUUAGGCAUAUAAACACAUAAACUGCUUAAUAGUGUCAUAAUGACAAGACGUGCACGAGUAAGAACUCAUAGUACCGAGUCCAAAUAGUACAAUAAGGUGGAUUUGUGCCCCAAAUAUCUUAUAAUGUUGAUAGACAUGUGAUUCAAUGAUUGGUUAGGUCAUAUAAACACUAACCCGCUUAAUUGUGUCAUAAUGACAAGAGUGCAUGAGUACAUACUCUUAGUAAUGAGUCCAAAUUGUAUAGUAAGGUGGAUUUGGGCUCCAAAUGUCUUGUAAUGUUCAAUGAUAUGUGAUUCAUUGGUUGGUUUUGGCAUAUAAACACAUAAACCGCUUAAUAGUGUCAUAAUGACAAGACGUGCACGAGUACGAACUCUUAGUACCGAGUCCAAAUUGUACAAUAAGGUGGAUUUGCACUCCAAAUGUCUUGUAAAGUUGAUAGACAUGUGAUUCCAUGAUUAGUUUAGUCAUAUAAACACAUAAACCGCUUACUUGUGUCAUAAUGACAAGACGUGCACGAGUAAGAACUCUUAGUACAAUCACUACAAAGUCCAAAUUGUACAAUAAGGUGGAUUUUCACUCCAAAUGUCUUGUAAUAUUGCUAGACAUGCGCUUCAAUGAUUGGUUUACUCAUAUAAAUACAUAAACCGCUUUAUAGUGUCAUAAUGACAAGACGUGCACGAGCAAGAACUCUUAGUACCGUGUUUAAAUUGUACAGUAAGGUGGAUUUGCACUCCAAAUGUCUUGUAAAGUUGAUAGACAUGUGAUUCAAUGAUUGGUUUAGUCAUAUAAACAAAUAAAUCGCUUAAUUGUGU